UGAAACGUCAGUAAGGCCUGAAUGAACUCUUGGGUCUUUUCUAGACAAAGAAUCAUCAAAGCUGGCGAUCUUGACAACCUUUUACUCUUCCAUCCUCAUCUUCAUCAUCAUCCUCCGCCUUGUCUACACCCGCCUGCGCCGCCUGCUCUCAGGCUCGCACAGCACGGAACUAUACAUGUCGAUCCUAGUAAAAUGGGGCCGUGAACGGCUACACUUUCCCCUCCCCGCGCUCGACACGAAGCUCGGAGCCCUCCGUAACACACUCGCGGAAUAUACCCACCUCCCUUCGAGUUCAUUCAAACUGAUACACGCAGGUGCUGUGAUGAAAGAUGAUAACGCACCCUUGUCCGCGUACGGAAUACACGCCAACAGUACCAUCCUCCUUCUCGACUCGACGCCUCAGGCAGCCGCCGCAUCCUCGCCUAACGCAUCUACAGCCUCCUCGAAUACCAAAAAGGUGCCCGCGCAUCGCGAGCCAAAAACUGAGGCUAGUACGAUCUCUCAGAUCCGUGCAGAGCUUGAUGCCGUGCAGCAAACUCUCGAGCCUGGCGUCGACGGGUUUUUGAAUAACAUUGGGGCGCCUGAGAGGUCGGACCCGGCGGCACUGGAGGCAGAACACCGACGGUUGGGUGAGCUGCUCUUGCAGGCACUGCUCCGGCUCGACGCGAUUGGGUUCGAGGGCGGAUGGGAGGACGCGCGGCGGGAGCGGAAGGGCGCAGUCAAGAUUGUACAGGGGCUCCUAGAUCGCCUUGACGUAGGUUGGAGGGCGCGUGCACGGGCUUAAACCAGAGAUUGAGCUGCUGUUGCUGUGUGUGCCUUGAAAAUAUGUUGAGUGCCCGUAGAUGCGGUUAAUUACGAUGUCAUGUCUGAUAUUGUGCCUUAGAUUUGCU